AAAAAGAAAUUAAAAGAUUUGAAAACAGAUCUGAAAACGCAUGAGAGGAUUCACAGUGUGGACAAACCAUAGACACGAUCAGUGUAAUUUAGAGAUGCUCAUAUUGACCAUAUAUAUUGCAGAAAUAUCUGUACAGCUCUGCUGCUCCACUCUCCCAUGUAUUUAUGUGGCUAGUGUUGUUUUAGAUGAUGUUCUCCAGCCUUGCAGGAGUCCAACAUGCACUGGGUACAAGUCUGGCAUAUUGUGGUAAUGUGAACCAAAGUCCUGCUCUGUUCAAACAGGGACUGGACAGCUCUUAACAGAGUGCCUCCAAACCUGUACUCCCAGAGCACCCCCACAGAAUGCCAAAUGAGACAUGGUUGAAACGCAAAACACAUGUGAACAGGUUGAGCAUACUUCCAUGAACCCUCAUGCACCAUAGUGUGGUAUAGAGCUGGUGCAGUGUUCCACAGACUGAAAAAAUCUGCAUUGUUUUUCCUAUAUCUGAGGUUUAACCAUUGGUUGGAUUCCCAUCUCCAGUAGCAUAGAGUUUUUCCUGGGAGGCUGAGCAAUGUGAUUUCCCCCUUGCAGCUGGAACACCCUCCGGUCCGCUCUUCUAAAAAUAGGAACCACCAUCCCAGUUGCCCCAUCUCAACAUAGUCAAGUUAACCAAGACAGACCCACAACAUCCAGAGACUUGAGUUACAUAGGGUGGGUGUCAUCUACCUUGGAUAUCAUCUGCUUUGUCCCUGCAGAGCUAGCAAAAUAUCUCGGUGACCUGAGGUCAACAACUUCCCCUUCUGUUGUAAACUGUGUUGGUGUGAAACUGCUUCCAAAUCCUGAGGCACCAGAUGAUUUACCAGAAACUGUUUGAUACUGACCAUUAGUCUUUUUUCCAUGGUCUCCCCAAACUCAUCCCAGACCUGAGUUUUACAGAACUCCCCAGGCUACAGCAUGCUUGGGCUGUCAGCACCCAUCAGCUUCCUCAGGAGUCCUACAAGCCAGCCAAGCCUGGUAGGACUCCUCUUUCAGCUUGAUGGCAUCUCUUCAAAUGUCCUCCGGAUUUGUGAAGUGCCGCAGGGAACUGGUCAAAGUUCUUCUGAAGACCUAAUUGAAGAGUAUGAGGAGAUUAAAGAGGAGGAACAUCAUGUCAAAAUUGAGGACAAAACUCAUUUACAGACUGAUGGUAUUUUGAAAAGGAGAGGCAAGGGCUGUUUUACCUGCACUCAGUGUGGAAAGAGUAUGGGAAGACAAAACAAUCUUAAGAUUCACAUGAGGAUGCAUACUGGAGAGAAACCAUACACAUGCACCCAGUGUGGGAAGAGUUUCAGCCAAUCACCAAGCCUUAAUAAACACAUGAUGAUCCACACUGGAGAGAAACCAUUCACAUGCAGUCUGUGUGGGAAGAGUUUCAGCCAAUCACCACACCUUAAUCAACACAUGAGGGUCCACACUGGAGAGAAACCAUUCACAUGCACUCAGUGUGGGAAGAGUUUCAGCCAAUUAUCAAGCCUUAAAAAACACAUGAGGACCCACACUGAAGGGAAACCAUUCACAUGCACUCAUUGUGGGAAGAGGUUCUGCCAAUUAUCAGGCCUUCAUGAGCACAUGAGGAUUCACACUGGAGAGAAACCAUUCACAUGCACUCAGUGUGGGAAGGGUUUCAUCGGAUCAAGACAACUUAAUCAACAUAUGAGGACCCACACUGGAGUAAGAGAGUAUAUAUGCUUUGAGUGUGAGAAGAGUUUUAUUACAGCUGGAGAAUUGAAACGGCACCAGAGGAUUCACACUGGAGAGAAACCGUACAAGUGUUCACACUGUGACAAGAGGUUUAAUCAGUCUGUAAAUCUGAAAAGACAUGAGAGGAUUCACACUGGAGAGAAACCAUCACUGGAAUAUUCCCAUCAGGCUCCAGUGAAGAGUCUAUUGAAGGACAGCGAGAACAUGAGUGAUCCAGAACCCUGCAGAAUUAAACAUGAAGACACUGAACAACAAAUAGACCUAAUUGAAGAGUAUGAGGAGAUUAAAGAGGAGGAACAUCAUGUCAAAACUGAGGAAAAAACUCAUUUACAGACUGAUGGUAUUUUGAAAAGGGGAGACAAGAAUCGUUUCACCUGCACUCAGUGUGGAAAGAGUUUGGGAAGAAACAAAAGCCUUAAGAUUCACAUGAGGAUCCACACUGGAGAGAAACCAUUCACAUGCACUCAGUGUGGGAAGAGUUUCAGCCAAUCAUCACACCUUAGUCUACACAUGCAGAUGCAUACUGGAGAGAAACCAUACACAUGCAUUCAGUGCGGAAAGAGUUUCAGCCAAUCAUCACACCUUAAUGAACACAUGAAGAUCCACACUGGAGAGAAACCAUUCACCUGCACUCAGUGUGGGAAAAAUUUCAGGCAAUCAUCAUCCCUUAAUCUACACCGAAAGAUUCACACUGGAGAGAAACCGUUCACUUGCACUCAGUGCGGGAAGAGUUUCAGCCGAUCAUCAUCCCUUAAUGAACACAUGAAGAUCCACACUGGAGAGAAACCAUUCACGUGCACUCAGUGUGGGAGGAGUUUCAGCGGAUCAAGUCAACUUAAUCAACACAUGAAGAUCCACACUGGUGUGAGAGAGUAUAUAUGCUUUGAGUGUGAGAAGACUUUUAUUACAGCUGGAGAUAUGAAACGGCACCAGAGGAUUCACACUGGAGAGAAACCGUACAAGUGUUCACACUGUGACAAGAGUUUUAAUCAGUCGGUAAAUCUGAAAGCACAUGAAAUGAUUCACAGUGGAGAGAAACCAUGCAAGUGUUCACACUGUGAAAAGAGAUUCAGAGACUUACGAACCCUGAAAAAGCAUGAGAGGAUUCACACUGGAGAGAGACUGCUUCCUGAACCAGAGCCUCCUGACCUACUGUGGGUGUAUGACCUGCCUGUGCCUGCUGAACCAAAGCCCCCGGACUUACUUGAGCUCCACACUUCAGGUUCUCCACAGCUCUACACCCUCCGCAGCUCCACACUCCAGGCCUUCCACUGCUCCACACUCCAGGCCUUCCGCAGCUCCACACUCCCAGAGCUCCACAACCCAGGGCCUCCGCUGCUCCAUGCUCUAGGUCCUCCGCAGCUCCACACCCUCCACAGCGCCACACUCCAGGGCCUCCGCUGCUCCAUGCUCCAGGUCCUCCACACCCUCCACAGCUCCACACUCCCAGGCUCUCCGCUGCUCCACACUCCAGGCCCUCCACAGCUCCACACUCCAGGCCCUCUGCUGCUCCACACUCCAGACCCUCCGCUGCUCCAUGGUCCAGGUCCUCCACAGCUUCACACUCUCCGCAGCUCCACACUCCAGGCCCUCCGCUGCUCCACGCUUCAGGGCCUCUGCAGCUCCAGACGCCAGACCCUCCGCUGCUCCAUGCUCCAGACCCUCCGCUGCUCCAUGGUCCAGGUCCUCCACAGCUUCACACUCUCCACAGCUCCACACUCCAGGCCCUCCGUUGCUCCACGCUUCAGGGCCUCUGCAGCUCCAGACGCCAGACCCUCCGCUGCUCCAUGCUCCAGGUCCUCCACAGCUUCACACCCUCUGCAGCUCCACACUCUAGGCCCUCCGCUGCUCCAUGCUCCAGGUCCUCCACAGCUCCACACUCUUUGCAGCUCCACACUCCAGGUCCUCCGCUGCUCCACGCUCCAGAUUUCAGACCUAAUUGAAAAGUAUGAGGAGAUUAAAGAGGAGGAACAUCAUGUCAAAACUGAGGAAAAAUCUCAUUUACAGACUGAUGGUAUUUUGAAAAGGAGAGACAAGAAUCGAUUUACCUGUACUCAGUGUGGAAAGAGUUUUGGAAGACAAAGCAGUCUUAGGAUUCACAUGAGGAUCCACACUGGAGAGAAACCAUACACAUGCACCCAGUGUGGGAAGAGUUUCAGCCAAUCAUCACACUUUAAUCUACACAUGAGCAUCCACACUGGAGAGAAACCAUUCACAUGCACUCAGUGUGGGAAGAGUUACAUCCAAUCAUCACACCUUAAUCAACACAUGAAGAGCCACACUGGAGAGAAACCAUUCACAUGCACUCUGUGUGGGAAGAGUUUCAGCCGAUCAUCAAACCUUAAUCAACACAUGAAGAUCCACACUGGCAUGAGAGAGUUUAUGUGCUUUGAGUGUGAGAAGACUUUUAUUACAGCUGGAGAAUUGAAACGGCACCAGAGGAUUCACACUGGAGAGAAACCUUACAAGUGUUCACACUGUGAUAAGAGGUUUAAUCAGUCGGUAAAUCUGAAAGCACAUGUAAUUAUUCACACUGGAGAGAAACCGUACAAGUGUUCACACUGUGAAAAGGGAUUCAGAGAUUUACGAUACCUGAAAAGACAUGAGAGGAUUCACACUGUAGAGAAAGCAUAGACAUGAUCAGUGUCUAUUAGAGAUGCUCAUAUUGACCAUUUAACCUUUAAACGAAAGGAUGCAUUUCUAACCGAUUAAUGUUAUCAGUUAAAACCGUAAUUUUUUUUAGCAUUUUUAAUGUUUUGCUGCAUUAAUACGUAACCCAUAUUUGUUUACUCAUGGGCCGUUAACAUGUGCAACCAAACGUGCCUACAGAUGCAUUUUGCUAACGUAGUAAAAUGAAAGGAGCGAAAAGAGGGAUAUUGCUUGCCACAGUUUAACACAGACAAGUUGAGAGUGAAAUUAUGUUUGAUAAGGCUGAGUGACGGUAUACUGUUUUCAAUACUCUGACACCCCUGCGCUGCAGUAGGUGUGGUUGUAAAUGAAUUGUACUGUCCACGUGUACCGAUAAAUAAUGUUCUCUGUCUGACUCCUGAAUGAGAAACAACAAUGGGAAGAAACCGCAUAUCAAUGAAGGCGGAGCUCCAGGAGACGCCCACUGAUUGCAUAAUUGCCAAUGGUUGCUCAAAGGUGUUUAGGAUCCAAAAUUUUGGCAAGCUGUUUCCUACUGCUUAAAUGAACUCAAUUAGAACAUGAUUUCAGCCAGAAUUUGUUCAAAAUUACAUCACUUCAGUUUGUUCUUCAGUUUGGUUUGCAGUAUACCAAGGCCUUA